CGGGGAAGGUGUAGAGAGAGUGAGCGAGUGGAGAAGAGAGGCUUAGGUUUGAGGGGAUUGAGCCCUUUGCUGCAGACAUGACUACGGGCUCAUCUUUCAACUGAACGUAACCUUGACGAUCCUUGUCUGCCGCUGCUGCCACCACACACUGGAGCACAGCAGAGUGUGUGUAUGUGUAAGGGUGUACUCAGGCAUUGCUAUGAGAUUCAGAGAGCUGCAUCAUCUGUUACGGCGUAUUUUUCUGCAUGUGUGUUCCUUUAGCUCAACUAAUGGGACAAGAAAACCGGCAUUUACCAACGAGAGAGUGAAUGUAUGUGUGUGAGAGCGUGAUAGGAGUGUGUAUGCUGAUGUAGGGCAGAAAGUGUUAGAUAGGUAUAGAGUGUGUUUGUAAGAGUGUGCAUGUCUACCUGUAAGGUUAUAAGAAGACAAGCAUAUGGUAGGAUGCAAGAGUAGGCAAAGCGUUCUUAACCCUGAGAGAAAGAGAGAGAUAAAACAGUUAAAGAGAAAAGGGGAAAGAGGAGAUACAGACAGCGUGUAUGUGUGUGUGUAUCAGAGAGAGAUGCAGUAUGGUUGAAGUCUCUGUGUCUCAGCAUCAUCAGAUUUUUUGCUGCAGAUGCUACACUAGCUCAUCUCUGCUCUAGAGCGCUACCCUGACACACACACACACACACACACACACACACACACACACACGCUCGCAUAUAGACGCACACAUCGGUGGCUUUGAGGGGGAGCCCAACGAGUCUGAUCAAAGGUCAACAGAGGGACACUGAAAAAGUUGCCGAGGGCAGAGCUUGUGACUCCUCAGGCUGAAGGUCAGAAGUGGAGUGAGAUCCAUAAUUGAGGCAUCAUGGGCGAGUGGACUAUUUUGGAAAGAUUGCUGGAGGCUGCGGUUCAGCAGCACUCUACUAUGAUCGGCAGGAUCCUGCUGACAGUCGUGGUGAUUUUCCGGAUCCUGAUCGUGGGUAUAGUGGGAGAGAAGGUGUAUGAAGAUGAACAGAUUAUGUUUAUAUGUAACACUCUGCAGCCAGGCUGCAACCAGGCCUGCUAUGAUAAAGCCUUCCCCAUCUCUCAUAUCCGUUACUGGGUUUUUCAGAUCAUCCUGGUCUGCACACCCAGCCUCUGUUUUAUCACUUACUCUGUGCACCAGUCUGCCAAGCACAAAGAUCACAGAUACACCCUCCUGCACGGCCCGUACAUCGAUCACGGACACGGACCAAGCCGCAAGCUCCGAAACAUCAACGGUAUCCUAGUGCACCCAGAAAGUAAAGAUGACCAUGAUUGUCUGGAUUUGAAAGAUAUUCCCAACAUUCCACAGGGGGUCACAUACUCCAAAAGUGCCAAGAUACGUCAGCAAGAGGGCAUCUCUCGUUUCUACGUCAUACAGGUUGUGUUCCGGAACGUUUUGGAAAUUGGCUUUCUCGCAGGCCAGUACUUCUUGUAUGGAUUCAAUGUUCCCGCCAUGUUUGAGUGUGACCGUUACCCCUGCGUGAAGGAGGUGGAAUGCUACGUGUCGCGUCCCACAGAGAAGACAGUUUUCCUGGUGUUCAUGUUUGCAGUUAGUGGGAUCUGUGUGGUGCUGAAUUUGGCCGAGCUUAACCACCUGGGUUGGCGAAAGAUUAAGGCAGCGAUCCGUGGCGUCCGGGCUCGCAGGAAGUCCAUUUGUGAGAUCCGGAAAAAGGAUGUAUCCCAUUUGUCCUCUGUGCCCAACUUGGGCCGCACCCAGUCUAGCGAAUCAGCUUAUGUCUGACAGCGAAUUGGGGGGAGGGCUUAGACGAGGUUGGGAGUGGCUGAUGAGGCGAGUGUCACGCCCUGCGCUGCAAACUUGACAUUGCAAUUUUUAUGCAUAGUUCAAACAAUGUGAGAGAAGGAUAGGGUAAAAAGACUAUAGUUGAAUGUAGCUGUAAGUAAUAUUUAAAUUUGGCAUUCAAAGUUUGUGGAUAGUAAAAUUAUGAACUUUCAAACUAAGAAUUUAUUUCUUUCUGCUGUUGUCGGACUGAAAAUGGGGGCUUAAACUCUUUACAUGAACACUUUACACUGCAAACAGACACAGACACACUCAGAUAUCCUUGAACCCCACAGAACAAUAAAAGUCUUCCAGCAGAGAAUGAGACAGUUAAGAAAGUAAAUUGUUUUAAGGUGCUUGUUGUCAAAAGAGAAAAUGGAUUGUUCAGCAAAUGACUCUGAAGCAUGUUAAAAUAUGCCAUCUUCUUCAGGGUCAAUGCUAUGACAUCCCUCAUGACAAAGGAGCAAAGAAUAAAACUGAACCUCAGCACAGACUCCUCUAUGCCUCUCCCCCACAUGCUUUCUUUAAUUUAAUUUCUCUCUUUCUUCUGUCUCUGUUUCUUUCUGCAUAGUUUUAUAGAUAUAGCUAUUAAGUAUAAAAUGAAAGGAGAGAAAAUGAACAUUGAACUUCUUAUAAGCCAAGCCCACAUUUGCCCAAGGGCAAGAAGAGACUUCAUUCUCACAUAAUAAUCCACAUUGACCACACCAAUUCCCAAAUUCCUAUUUCACAAGCCCACAAAGCAUUAAUGUACAUAUAUUAUAACAUCAAUAAUGCAAUGUCCAUGUAUUUCACACAUUGAAGUGUAGCCAUUAUUAAUAAAAAAAUUAAAAUAAAAUAAAAACAGUUAAUUGCCAAAAAGAAAAUAGAAAGAAAAAACAAAGAUGUCAUAAUAAUUGGGUUUAUUUGCAUUUGUUAUGUGAUGGACAAGACAAAAAGUGAUUUUAUACUAUGGACAUUUCCAGAAAAUGCAUGUUAUGGUGCAUCAUUAGAAUGGCUAGAUAGUGUUUUGAGCUGUGUAUAGAAAUAUCCUUUUUUUCACCCAGUAUUUUGGAGGUGUAUUCUGAAGCAUGUGGGCAGGAGAUCUAUAGGUCAAUGGGAA